AUGCCCAAGGAAUCCAUGACUCGAAGUACUCCAACAGUUAUCGGAUCAGAAAACUUCAACAACGCCGAUAUCGAUCUUGUUCUCGAUCAUCUGCAGCACUCUUGUAUCUGCACCCUCCGUGUCUUGGGGUUUAACGAUGUGAACACCAAGCCUGCGCCAGGAAAGGUGUAUUUCCAGCUACUCCAAAAUGGAACUGCGGCCAUCAACACUGGAUCUGAUGGACUGCAGCGUCUAGACUAUAUUGUCGCGGCGGCUUAA